UCCAAUCAGGCAGGUCGAGCUCCUCAUUUCUGCUCUGAAACUCCUACAGAUGGGACACACGCUGUCUGAACACUGCAGAAAGUUUUAACACUGGGAAAUGGCUGAACCAGCUACUAUAACCAGACCACUCAUAUCCUCCAAGAGGCACAAGAGCAUCCGAAAGAAUUCCAGGAGGAUUUAUUCCCCAUAUCAUGAUAAUAAUGGGCCGUCUGAUGACGAAGAUAAAGACGGAGAGCGAGUGGACAGUAAUGAUCCCGAGGAGAUGUUCCAGAACAUUCAGUUUCAGAAAGAAAUCAUCGCCAACAUCCGGAUCAAACCCUGGCCAAUAAGACGCAAGCUAAAAGUGCUCAAGUAAGAU